AUGGAUGCGCUUUUGUCCCGCCUAGACGAACUCGUCCUAAAACCCGAAUUCCAACCUCUUCUGUCGCUCUUCAAAGGCGCGCGCAAUGGUGUCGUCUACGGAUCGAAAGUGCGGUUCCCGCAUGCCCUGGUAUUCCGACAAAAGAUCAAGCUAGUCUUGAAUGCCACACGCCUACAUGCGCGAAACCUCGCCACGUUCGCAAUCAUCUAUAAACUCUCCAUGAUCGUCUUGCGAAACCUCGACACCUCCGGUGCCGCGAAAGAAGGCCGCUACGAUAGCUUCUUUGCCGGAUUGAUGGGUGGAUAUGCGGUCUUUGGCCGACAACGGGGGAGUAUCAGCCAGCAGAUCGUCAUCUACGUCUUCGCCCGCGUGAUGCUCGCUAUCGGCAAACUCGCCAUCCAACCCAACAUGCACCCACUCUCAUCCCUCAUCACACCCGACGCCCGCGCAAAGAUGACCGAUAAUGCCUGGCCCGUCUUCGCCAGCAUGACUUGGGCCUCGGUCAUGUAUAUUUUCCGCUGGUACCCGGAUACCCUUGCCUCCAGUUUGCGGAGCAGUAUGGUAUACAUUUAUGCUGAUUCGGAUCACUGGGACUCAUUACGGACACUGUUGCUACAUAACAAAUGA